UACCAGUUGCCUGGCCGCCCCUACAUCCUCGUGGCGCUGGUUGAUUAUUGGCAAUGGUGAGGUCAACCUCCCCCUGCACCGCAAACACACAGGUUGCCAAGAUGCUGAAGGAGCGGGGCUGGACAUCGGAUCUGGUGUUUGCCUCCAACAGCAAGCGCACUAAGCAAACAUUGGACGAGAUGGCGGAAGUGAUGCACGAGCUCGCUGACGUGGACACGCACUACUACGGCAGCCUGUACACGGCUGCGUUGCUCAGCCACGUGCCGCCCGAGACGGACGUGAAGAGCCAUUUGAGGUCCGUGUUCCGGCGCUUCUCCGCCGCGCAGCAGCAGCAGCAGCAGCAGCAGCAGCAGCAGCAGCAGCAGCAGCAGCAGCAGCAGCAGCAGCACGGCAAGAGGCCGGCCGCGGUGGUAGAGCUGGGCGGGCCGGCGGGCGGCGGCGCCGCUGCGGCGCUGCCGGUGAGCUACUUUUCGCUGGGCGGGAGUAAGAACAAAACAGACAAGGUUGUGUGUGUCAAAGCAAGCGCGUAGCGCUACACGAGCCGAGGGCUGGAUGGAUCGCGUACGGUUUUGCGGCGCGCAAGAUUCGAGGGGAGGGUAUGUAGUUGAUGGUACUUGAUGUGCUUCGGAAGCGGCCUGCAAAAUCCAUUUGAGGAGGGGUAUGCAAAAUAUUUGGGAAGCAUGCUGAAGCAUGAAGCAUGAUUUGGGAGGUAGGGUGGUGUGCAUGGCAACAGGGCAGGCGGUCAUGGCAUAUCUUCAUGCGUACAAUGUUGUGCACUUGGGAAUGGAGUGGGUUGCGGAAACGGUUGUAGCUGCUAGCUAUGCAAGGAGGGGGACGAGAAGGCGGCAUCAGACAACUGCUAAUAAGUAUGUAUGUUGUAUUAAAGUAAGGCUGCAUGGCAUGGGUCCACCGCCGCACGGUGGAGUUUGGAGGCGAUUGCCGCCGCCGUGAAGACUCAAGCGGUCAAGCGUAAGAAACACAUCCCAUCCUGGGGUAUCAGUGCUUGAGCAUUGUCGCAAUGACGCAUUCGUAUGCACGCAUUCGUAUGCAUGUGCCAAGCGCCCGUACGUGCACCCAGGCAUUAAUACCACCACAUGCACGCGCCGCAACGCGCGCUGCUGGCCUGCAAUCCUGCAUUAAGUACACGACAAAGAAACACUGGUGGAGGGAUUGUACGGUACCUACGGGUGCCAUUACUGCGAAGGUCCUGGAUUAUGUUUUUGGUGUUGGAGGCGUGGUUGGCAAUCGGUUGAGGAUGCGGUCGGUUCCAUGGCUCAUGCACGUGCACGUGCAUACGACUUGCGCUGCAGGCACCAGGUCUGGUAGUAUGUGUGGGUGCCUGUACGACAUCCGUAGCUAUUCUUAUAUGCAGUUUGCGCGGGUGCAAAAGAGAUUGGCGCCCCCUGCUAUGAUGAUCACACGUUCACCCUGUUUCGGUCAUCCAAUGGCAUGCGACUCGUAGGAAGAGCACAGGGUUGAGGAUUGCGCAUUCUUGGGCCGAGGCCCCUGAAACAAAAGACACCUGCUCCAGUGUGGGUGCCCUCGGGUCCUUCCACGGGGCCUGCAUGCAUGCAACCCAUCCACACACGUGUCCCUACAAGGGAAGCCCGCUGAAGCCAGUGCCACAAGUCGCCCGUGCAGUGCGUGACUGCAGUCUGGGCCGCCCACCAGCAUGAUGCACGUGGACUCGACACCGACCGG